AUGGCCCCCCCCCGCGCCGAGAAGAGCCAAUUGAAGCGCCCCCGAGUGAGUCCGGCCCUGUUCUCUCCAGCUCUCUGGCGCUCCCUGAUUGACCGCGGCCUCUGUUUCAAGGGCUCGCUUCCGGAGGACGACCUGGACUCCAAGAAGCCCCGCCGCUCCGAGAGGCUCUCCGUCAACGCCAACUCUGCUGCCGCCCCGGACAACAACAAGGCCAGGACCAAGGCCAAGGGCGCCGCCAACAAGACCCCCGUCACACACGAACAGCACCUGCCUUCCCCGCUGACCCAUCUGGGCACCACCGAGUCCGAGUCCGAAGAGGCCCUGCGCAAGGAACCGACGGCCACGCCGCCCCAAGGCCGCCCGAGCCAGGUGAACCCGAGGGAGGAUACCGUGUCGCAGACCAAUGUCCUGUCUUCGCCGCCGCAGGAUACGCAGGCGUUUUCCCAGUACCCGCCGGAGACCAGGGACACUUUCCCCGGUGAAGUGGAGGACGAGGCGAGGGAGGGCGUAUGGGGGUACCUGCUCCCGCUCAAUGCCAAGUAUGGUCCCUCUAUCGCGAUGAGGAAGCGGACGUCCUGCCCUUUGCCGAAGGCGUCCGGCGGCGGUGGGACGGCGGACAGGAAGGGAAAGUCGCCCUUGCGGACAGGGGAUGCCAAUGGCAAUGUGGCUGGCGGGUACUUGAUCGGUCGACAUCCCGAAUGUGACAUCGUUGUGGACGACGCCAGUGUAUCGAACCGGCACUGCCUCAUCUUCACCGAAAACAAAGGCGGAGACACCGUCGCCAUCGUCGAGGACCUCUCCAGCAACGGCACCUUCGUCAACGAAGCCCUCCUGGGCCGAAACCAACGGAGAGAGCUGCAGCAGUCGGACGAGAUCGCCGUGCUCGACAAGGAGCGCUUUAUCUUCCGGUAUCCCAAGACCCGCCAGACCAGCGCCUUCCUGCAGUCGUACACCCUGCUCGAGAAGCUGGGCAAGGGGCACUUUGCCGAGGUGUUCCUCUGCGUCGAGAAGUCGACGGGUCAGCGCUACGCCGUCAAGGUCUUCACCAAGACGCCCGGCAUGGAGGAGAGGACGAAGCAGGACGGUCUGCAGCAGGAAAUAGCGGUUCUCAUGGGCGUGAGCCAUCCUAACGUCCUGUGCCUCAAGGAUACGUUCAACGAGCGGAAUGCCGUCUAUCUCGUCUUGGAACUCGCUUCCGAGGGCGAGCUGUUCAAUUUUAUAGUGCAGAAGCAGAAACUCACCGAAAACGAAACCCGGAAGCUGUUUAUUCAACUAUUCCAGGGCGUCAAGUACUUGCAUGAGAGAAAUAUCGUCCACAGAGACAUCAAGCCGGAGAACAUUCUCAUGGUGGACAAGGACCUCCGUGUGAAGCUUGCCGAUUUUGGCCUAGCCAAGAUUAUCGGCGAGGAGUCAUUCACCACAACGCUCUGCGGUACGCCUAGUUACGUGGCGCCGGAGAUCUUGGCCGAUUCCAAGCACCGCAAGUACACCAAGGCCGUGGACGUCUGGUCUCUGGGCGUGGUAUUGUACAUCUGUCUGUGCGGCUUUCCUCCAUUCUCCGAUGAGCUGUUCUCCAAGGAUUUCCCCUACACCUUGUCCCAGCAGAUCAGGAGUGGUCGGUUCGACUACCCGUCGCCUUACUGGGACUCAGUUGGCGACCCAGCUCUCGACCUGAUCGAUUCGAUGCUGGUGGUGGACCCCGAACGACGUUACACGAUCGACCAAUGCCUGGCCCAUCCAUGGGUGACCCAGGGCCCGCCCAACGUCUACGACAGUACGGAUGGCCUGGUUGGCGGCAUCCGGGGGCUGGAAGUCCAGCGGCGGGGCAUGACUAGAGAGCGGACGCUGCUCGCGUCCCUCAACACGGUGGACGUCGCAACUCGGCCCGUGGGAGACAGCCAGACGCCCGUUAAGAUCUUCUCGAAGAACCCCGACGUGCCGGAGGCGGGCAAGGCCGGGGCCUCCGCGAUCAAGGAGCCGGGACCAGCGCAUAACCGGGCCGUUGGUGAGUUCGUGGCCAUGGGGGGCAAGGGGGACGAGCAGCUGUUCUCGAAUGACGAUAAGAGCGUUUACUCGACAGCAGACGUAACGGAUGUGAAGAAGAAGAGCAAGGACCGUCGGUGA